CGCCUCCUCGCUCCUUCUCUGUCUCCUCGGCGGCUCCUUCGUUCCUCCUCCUCCUCCUCCUCCUCCUCUUCCUCAUCAUGGGCUUCGGUGACCUGAAAUGCGGAUCCGGACUCAAAGUGCUGAACGGCUUCCUGUCGGAGCGCAGCUACAUAGAGGGGUACGUCCCGUCUCAGGCCGACGUGGCCGUCUUCGAGGCGAUCUCGGCGCCGCCCACCGCUGACCUGUGCCACGCCCUCCGCUGGUACAACCACAUCAAGUCCUACCAGAACCAGAGGAGCAGUCUCCCAGGUGUGAAGAAGCCUCUGGGUCAGUACGGCCCUGCAGGUGUGGCUGACACCACCUCUGGCUCCGCUGCCAAGGACGAUGAUGAAGACGACGAUGAUGACGUCGACCUGUUCGGCUCCGACGAUGAGGAAGACGCAGAGGCAGCCAGGCUGAAGGAGCAGCGUCUGGCAGAAUACGCCGCCAAGAAGUCAAAGAAGCCCACCCUCAUCGCCAAAUCAUCAAUCCUAUUGGACGUAAAGCCUUGGGACGACGAGACGGACAUGUCCAAGCUGGAGGAGUGUGUUCGCAGUAUUCAGAUGGACGGGCUGGUCUGGGGACAGUCCAAACUGGUGCCCGUCGGUUACGGAAUCAAGAAGCUGCAGAUCGGCUGUGUGGUCGAAGACGACAAGGUGGGCACAGACCUCCUGGAGGAACACAUCUCAGCCUUUGAGGACUUUGUUCAGUCGAUGGACGUCGCUGCUUUCAACAAGAUCUGAAAACAAACAUCACGUUAAUAAAAAGCACUUCAACACAAAACGGACUCGUGUUUUAAAUGAAGUGGGAGGAGCUUAAUCUGUUACAUUAAAGGAAGUAAAUGCCUUCUAUUUGUUUGAGAGCUUGUUUCAUUUUACAAAUUAUCAACUUUGAGUUUACAUUAGCAGUUAUGAGGUAACAUUUACUGACACAAUGAAGUGUAAAUAAAGUAUUGAUUAAAAAUUA